AAUGUUCUAAGAAUGUCAUCAGGCAUCCAAAUAAAAGCAAAGACCACAGUACAGAAAAGCAAGACAUCUUCUCCUUUGCAGUGUUCUCCAGAACCUGCAAUUAAACCACAGCCAAAGCCUAGUGACAAGCUGAAUCCUAAAACUAUUGAUCCGUUUGGUGCUCAUUCUCGAUCACCUUCUGCAUUUGCUGCCAUAUAUGCUAAAGGUGGCAUUCCAUGCAGGUUAGUGCAUGGCUCAGUAAAGAACAGACUGCAAUGGGAAUGCCUUCCUGAAACUGUUCCCUUUGAUCCUCUUCUUGUAGCAUUGGCAGAGGGUCUAAGAGAGACAAAACAUCCCUAUACAUUUGUUUCAAAAGAGGGUUUUAAAGAAUUACUUAUGGUUGAAGGUGCUACUGAAAAAGCAAUUCCGUUGUUGCCUCGUCUAGUUCCAGUGUUAAAGGCUGCACUGGCUCAUUCAGAUGAUGAAGUAUUCGGAAGGGGACUGGAUGCUUUAGUUCAACUGAGUGCUGUUGUUGGCCCAGCUCUUAAUGAUCAUCUUAAGCAUCUACUCACAAAUCUUUCAAGGAGGUCAAUGGACAAGAAAUUUAGAGAAAAAAUUACUGUUGCUUUACAGAAGUUGGAGCAAUAUGGUGGCAAGGCAUCUGUGACUAUCAUAAAAUCUAAAAUUCCAACCUAUCGUUCUAUCUCCUCUUGAACAAGAAAAUCGCAGUGAUUUGCACUUUAAGGUGAAGUUUGGAAAGAAACUGCCUGUGAACAUCACUGACAUUUAUUUGGCGUAUGAUGUAUUCUCUUAAAUUAAUCACAAUUCUUCAGUGUGAUGGAGUGUGGGAAAAGUCC